UCGACGCGGUCGAUGGCUGGAAAUGCUUAUACAAAGAGUUUCCAGUGGACGCUCAAAGGUACUCCGCAGAUAAGGGGCACCUGGUGGAUCUAUGGCACAAAUCCCGAGCCGACUGACAGAUGUUACUUUGAGGAUUUGGAUCUUUACUGGACACGCAUUACCCAAACAGACUACGACAACUUUGCCGUGGAACUGCACUGCACUUUGCCCUGGUUUCGUCAUCAAAUGGCCAUUUAUACUCGGACCGAGAAUCCCAGCGAACAGGUAAUCGACCAGGUGGAAAAGUAUCUGAAAAGUGUGCGCCUAUCUAGACUAGAUUUCCAUCUGGUCGAUAAGCAAAGUUGUAGCAAUCAAUCCAAAGCGCCUAUUCAGCGCUGGCAUCUGUCCAAGUACAUGCAUCUAGAUUAUAAUCCACAUUAUGUGAAACCUCUGGUAAUAGACGAAAAUAUCUGAGUGAGUCUUUCAAACUUUCUUCGGCAUCCGCGACAUUAGCAUAUGAGUAUGCCAAUAUUUCGGGGCCAACCUGAUUAGCUCGUGGCGACUUAUUAAUCAGUAUCGGAGAAUACAUAUUAAAGUACACUGAGAGAAAGA